AUGGCCGGCGUUGCAGCAACCGCCGCAUACUGCCAAUACUGGAACGGUUCGCCGUUCAUGCUAGGAGGUAGAAGCGCACCUCGUGCAAAUGCGGUCAUUACGAUGCAAUCGACGGAGAAGAGGAAGGAAGCUGCAAUCAGAAGAAACCCUCACAUUCCGAAGCUUACAGCAGCAGCAGCAGCAGCAGCAGAAGAUAAAAGAUUGAUGUCUGAAAAGAAUAGCCCAUCUCCGAAAGGCACAAUCACUGUCUCAUCCAACAUUUACACAUUGCUCCCGCUCCGCGAAUCCCCGGGGGUUUCGUUUGAUGAAUAUCUCAGUGACCGGCCUCGAAUAUUCAAAGCAAUGUUUGCACAUCAACACAAAACGAAGAGACUCAGCGACGAAGAAUGGAGGAUACAUAUGCUACCGCUCCAAUUGCUAUUCAUGACAGCUAAUCCGGUGGUUGUGAUGCGACUUCGAAGCAAGUCAGAGGGGAAGGUAAACCCACCAGGUGUUCCUCAAGAUGCGACCAGCUUUGUCGAGCUCCAAGCGACUAAAUGGGAGCUCGAAGGGUUGGAUAGCAACAAGGUACCGUCUUACUUUGCUCUCAACAUAGAAGGGGUGUUGUAUGCAAACAAGGGGAGCCACCGCGCCCGCCGUCUUAGGGGCAGCCUAGAGAUGAGCAUCAGCGUAGUCCUCCCGACCAUGCUACCUUUCUUCUCAGAAAAUGCCUGGAGAAGCGUCAUUGAGUCGGUUCUGAAGAGUCUAGCUGAGAAGAUGAAACAUGAUGUGGACACAGGGUUGAUUGCAGAUUUCAAAGAAUUCAGGAGAGAGAAGCUACGAAGAUAGAUUAUGAAGUGUAGUAAGGCCUCCAGCUUGGAAGCAACAGCAAAGGGUUCUUUUCUCUGCAAAAGCAGCAACAGACACACAAUUUGUGAACAGUGUACACAAUUUGAUGAUGGGCACACGGUGUACGCAACUUGAUAACAGUACAUGUGGAGUUCAUAAGCUCAUUCUCAUGACAAGUGGGAGGAGAUAUAACAUCUGCAUUGUACAUUAUUUGAAACUCUAAUAUUCCACAAAGUAAAAGUACUGAAAAGUAGGUUGGGGGCCUUAAUGAGUAGCAUACAAGAAUAUUGUAAUUUCAGCUUCGAUUGUUCAUUCCAAAUAGAAAGAUCUUUGUCAA